UACUGUUCCAUUGUGGACAGGAUUGGAACUCUAGCCUUUACUAGACAUAGGCGGAUGACAGGGUAGGUCUCGUCAAAAUCCGUCGCCAUCCUCGGUAAAAGAAUUAGUGAUGACCUCUAAAAUACGAGGAUCAUAAUAUAGACAUUACAACUUUUCACCCGAGACCAAUAUUACGGAAUUUGGGCGAGCCGUUCCUUAGAAAAGCAAUGGUGAAAGUUGGUCUGUUUAGGAAGGAGCCGAAUUCUCUUCUGGGAGUCGGGGGGGUGGGGGGCAUGUAAGAUACGGUCUACCAGCCAGUUAGUUACACAGCCUAGUAAGGUUAAAAUUCAAGGUGACAAACGAAGUUUGAUAUUUGUAUUGUAUUUCUUAAUACAAGGGCCGUAAGGUACACACAGUGCUAAAAACAGAAUGGAGCUAAGGGUCGGAAACAGAUACAGACUGGGUAGGAAAAUUGGAAGUGGAUCAUUUGGAGACAUCUACUUGGGCACGGACAUCUCAGUGGGAGAGGAAGUGGCCAUCAAGCUGGAAUGUGUGAAGACCAAACACCCACAGCUCCACAUCGAGAGCAAGAUCUACAAAAUGAUGCAGGGCGGAGUUGGUAUCCCCACUAUAAAGUGGUGUGGUGCGGAGGGUGACUAUAAUGUGAUGGUGAUGGAGCUCCUGGGUCCCAGCCUGGAGGACCUCUUCAACUUCUGCUCCCGCAAGUUCAGCCUGAAGACCGUGCUGCUGCUCGCCGACCAGAUGAUCAGCCGGAUCGAGUACAUCCACUCCAAGAACUUCAUCCACAGAGACGUGAAGCCCGAUAACUUCCUCAUGGGUCUGGGCAAGAAGGGCAACCUGGUGUACAUCAUCGACUUCGGCCUGGCCAAGAAGUACCGCGACGCCCGCACACACCAGCACAUCCCGUACCGGGAGAACAAGAACCUCACCGGAACCGCCCGCUACGCCUCCAUCAACACACACCUGGGCAUCGAGCAGUCCCGGCGUGAUGACCUGGAGUCUCUGGGCUACGUGCUCAUGUACUUUAACCUGGGCUCGUUGCCAUGGCAAGGACUCAAGGCCGCCACCAAGAGGCAGAAGUACGAACGCAUCAGCGAGAAGAAGAUGAGCACGCCCAUAGAGGUCCUGUGUAAGGGCUACCCCUCUGAGUUUGCCACAUACCUGAACUUCUGCCGCUCCCUGCGCUUCGAUGACAAGCCCGACUACUCGUACCUGCGGCAGCUCUUCAGGAACCUCUUCCACAGACAGGGCUUCUCCUACGACUACGUGUUCGACUGGAACAUGCUGAAAUUCGGGGCUAACCGCGCUGCGGAGGACGCUGACCGCGAGCGCAGGGAGCGUGAGGAUCGCCUCAGACACGGACGCGCUCCUGGGGUGAGGGGUCUCCCCGCCGCCUCGGCUAGGCCACGCCCCGCUCCGGACGCUGCACCAGCCACUCCACUCACACCGACCUCACACACCGCUAACACAUCUUCUCCGCGGCCGGUGACCGGUGUUGAGCGUGAGCGUAAGGUCAGCAUGCGUCUGCACCGGGGCGCUCCCGUCAACGUGUCGUCAUCGGACCUGACCGGUCGCCAGGACGCCUCUCGCAUGUCCACCUCUCAGAAUAGCAUUCCCUUCGAUCAUCAUGCCAAGUAGCAGAGCACCACGUCCUCGUCUAAAGGAUCCAGUCUGCCACCUCAUGGCAUCUCUGCAACUGCAGCGCUGAAGAGUUGAAGACCCCACCAGAACAAAGAACCUGAACCCAUACCAAAAGCUGGUUCUACUCAAAACUACAAGACCACCGCAACUCUACACAACUCAACUCCACAAGACCACCACAACUCUACACAACUCCACAAGACCAUGGCAACUCAACUCCACUCCACUCCACAAGACUUUGCUCCAGUCUGCUAUAGGGCUUGACCAGGCAAUGUCCCCUUUCUCCAUCUCUCUCUCUCUCUGCUCUGGUCUCCAUGGGGACAUCAGUAGAAAGGAGGCUGACUGCCAGCCAAGAAUGAAACCCCUCCUGUCCUCCUCUCCUCUCCUUCUCUCUCUUCUCCUCUUCUCCUCUCCCCUCUCCCCUCCUGCUCUCACUGCUGCACGCCUGCUCCUUGAGUUUGGACCACACACUCACACACUCGUCUGUGUUACCUGGGUGGAUUAUUAUGGGAUGUUUUCCUCUGGACCUCUCUCUCUCGGCGGAACCCCGGCGCCGUCAGUCUGCUGUCCGUCUGUCCGCCUGACCAGCAGCACGUCUUUUAUUAGAAUUCCCCUUUUAUCUAUUUAUUCCCCCCCCCGGCACCCUGACCCCCCCCCCCCGGCACCGUCUGGACCCCCUCCUGCAUGCUCAGGUCGAGGGGGGGCGGGGGCUAGGGGGCUCUCUACGCUGAGGACAGGAAGUGGCGUGUCUGACUGACCAACCGAGGGCCAUGCUGGCUCUGAGGCUCUGAAGCACCACACAGGCCCCAUGCUGGCUCCUUUGGGCCCCAGUUUCCAUGCCAGUUAUGGGCUUUCAGGGCAACUAUGGCGCCCAAUGAGGGCUCCGUCUGCCAUCUUGGCCUGCUGACCUGCCGAGCAGCACUGCCUGCCUGUCCCCUGAGCAGUGGUGUGUGUGUGUGUGUUUAAAUCCCCUGUGCUCCUCCACCAAGCUAACUGUGUGUGUGUGUGUUUGUGUGAGGCCACUCCGAUGAGGUGCUGGACAUUAUGCUUCGGCCGUACUCAACUGUCCCUAAGCCACACCAGAACUGGACUGGUUUCAGAGCUGGCUCCUAGACUAACUUCGCUAGAUUAACUAGUCUCUUUUAACUAGUCUAACUUCACCAGACUAACUAGUCUAGUUAACUAGUUUAACUUCACCGGACUAACCACCGGACUAACUAGUCUAAUUAACUAGUCUAACUUCACCGGACUAACUAGUCUAGUUAACUAGUCUAACUUCACCAGACUAACUAGUCUCGUUAACUAGUCUAACUUUACUAGACUAACUAGUCUAGUUAACUAGUCUAACUUCACCAGACUAACUAGUCUCGUUAACUAGUCUAACUUCACCAGACUAACUAGUCUCGUUAACUAGACUAGAGCUAGCUCUGAAACUGGUUGGCCUCCAGGCUCAGGUAUGUGAUUGGCUGAAAGAGAUUCGAUGUUGAUGUUAUGUGAAAAUGUUUAUGGUUUUGUGGUCAGAAGUCUGUUGGGGCAGUUGAGCUACAUAGUAAGGUGUGACAGGUGUGUGUGUGUGUGUGUGUGUGUGUGUGUGAUAGAUGUGUGUGUCUGUGUGUG